AUGUCUAACCAUUUGUAUAAACACGAAUAUUGGCAUGAUAAAUUUCCGCUAUUCAGGAAAAGGGUAAAGCUUUUUAUUAACACCUACGGUUUCAAUCCUGAAGUGCAAAAUCUUAGCUGUUCGUUUUUGGUUACUCAGAGUGGAGAGAAAUAUCUUUGGACCUGCCAAAUCUUGAGAGAAGAUACAUUUCUACCAAAUCGACGUAUUACUAAGAUAAGUCAAUGGCCUGAUGAGAUUAAUUGGACUAAUACAUGCAUUGUACAAUCCUCAGUUAACAAUAAAGAUAUUUUCAUUUUUACUGAUAACGGAAAGUUAUAUCACUUCCACUUAAUAUGCCAUCAGUGCCAUAUUGACCUCAGCAUGAGAAAAAUUGAUACUGAAGUAAGAUUCGAAGAGUUAAAAGUUAUUGCUUGCGGCAGCUCUUCUUUUAUAUUUAUUACUAAUGACGACGAAGUAUACGAGUGUACUAAUAGCAAUCAUUAUGGAAGGUUGGCACAAUCAUCUAACAUACUUUCAAAAAAAUUAAUAGUUAAAAUAGCUGCAGGAUUUGUUCAUACCCUUGCACUCACUGAUAAAGGAAAGGUUUAUGGCUGGGGUACAAACACGCAUGGACAACUGAAUUUUAAUGAAAACGAAGUAAGACAGUUAAUCUCCCCCUGCAAAAUACUUAUACCUAAUGUGAGAAAAGUAUCAGAUAUCGCCGCCAUGAAAUUUAUAAGCGCUUUCAAAUCUAGUUACGAUGGACUUGUCUACAUACAGGGUUGUUUACAUGGAAAAAGAAUUAGGCAUUUGGCUGUCUGUGAAUAUACAAAUAUAUUUGACAGAUACAACUCAUCGUUUCAUUCGCUAAAAGAGGAUCGUACAUAUACAGAGGAAGAGAAAAUUUUAUUGGAUGAUUUAAGAGAAGCGUUCGAUGAUUGUUUUUUAUCUUUGAAGUGCACGAGCGAUCUUACAAUACAAGUCAAGGGGCAAUCAAUUUACGUUCAUAAAAGCAUUCUGAAAAUGCGUUCUUUAUAUUUUAAAAACAUGUUCGAGUUUAAUGAAUCGGAAAACAGAAAAAGGAUUAUCAAAUAUGAUGAUCACUCAUAUCAAGCGUAUAAAGAUUUUUUUCAAUUUUUAUAUACAGGCUGUGUCUUCUUUGAAAAUAUAAACAAUAUGAUAGAGCUCUUGAUAUUAGCUGAUAAAUACUGCGAGUCAAAUCUUGAAAAAAAAUGUAUUAAGCAAUUAAAAAUCAAUAUGGAUUCAUCAACCGUAUCCUACAUUAAGCAAAUGGCGGAGAUGUAUAACAAAAUGGAAUUGGAGGAAUACUGUCUUAUCUAUCAAGUAAGAAACGCAUACGAUCCUAUGCAGAUAUUCUAA